AUGAGCACUGCGUCCGAUUCUCGGUCCUGGUCCAUCUCUACCACCUCAACUGCCGUUGCCGGAGUCGGAGGCGGCCGGUCUUUUCCCGAGACAAAGGAGCAAUCCAACUGGAUUCAUCUCUCGGCUCCGAACCACCACCUCACCCUUACACUGAAGCUUUGCUUCCGUCCACAAACUCAAGCUGACUUGGAUGGUUGUCGACCGCUACUGUUCAUCCAAACUGGCAAUGAAGUCUUGAAGAGCCUCGGUCUAGAUCGUGCAAGUGUCAAGUCCUCAAAGUUGAGAGGUAUCGUCAAGGGGUCCAUGAUCGGAUUCCGGUACACCUCCUCAUCCUCAUCCUCAGCGUCAUCAUCGUUAGCGCCAACACCUGGAUCCAGUCUCUCUGAGUCGCACAAGUUCCAGAUCAAGUUCAAGACCUUGACGGACUGUGGUCAAUGCUCCUCGCUUCUCUCAAGCUGGAUCGAAUGUCAAUCUGUUGUCACACAAAGCUCCUCUAGUACCCAACUUGCCACCACAGACAUCAUCACCACAGCUGCCUCUGCCAGCACAAGUUCUCAAACCCUCUCUCCUGCACCUGCACCUGUGAGCAUCCCUGUCCAUGUCGAUGGCGAAGAGUUGACUCAAAUCUUGAGGUCGGCUGCUUCCAACAGCAUCGUCCUCCCUCAUACUGCGCCGACCACUGCCAGCAUGUUGUUACCUCCACAGCACCAGCAUCAGCAACAGCAGCAACGCAACCGUCAGGCGAGGUUGUCUAUCACUCCGCAAUCCGCGUCCCAGUCCACGCCCAUGGCCAUGGCCAUGCCUGCCACUUCUAAUUCUUCCUCCAUGACCACUUCCGGACGGACGGCGCGUAUGUCAUCAGUAGCACCUUCAGACUGCGGCGUUCAAUCUUUGCAGUCAUCCAUGGGUGCCAGUUGUCAACAACGGAACAUCGAGAUAAACGAAGGCAGCUUCCACAACAACAUCAGCGUCAACAACAAUGACAGUGCCAGCAUCAGCUUCAGCACUACCAACAAUGAUGACUUGAGCGCCUUGCUGAAUCUACCGAAUGCCAAGUUGCAGGAAGAUAUCGACAUCAUCCUCCACGACCCCCUCUUCCAGGACCUGCUCGUCAAAGUGGACCAGCUGCUGCGUGGUGGCCCAAUCAGUAAACGCUAG